ACGUCUUCUUCACCCUCAAAAUAUUCCAUCAGCGUGCCCUUGCUUCCACCAGAGUUUGUUGGGAUUGAGCAAAACCCGAGACCGCACCUCUCCGCGUGGCGAUGCGUGGAGCAGCAGCUGCCGAGGCAGGCUCCCCGCGCUCGCCGGAGCUCUACGAUCUCUCGGACGACUCCGACUACGCUGCCGCCGCCGCCUCCAACCACACGGCGAUGCAGAGCGAUUCGGUGGACAGAGGCUCGGACGAGACGCCGAGGGUGGACGUUGUUUACGAGAAGGAGCGUGUGACCAUCCACCCGACGCAGUAUGGCUCCGGCCGGAUCAGUGGGAAGCUGCGCCUCUUUCUGCAGCGGGGAUCCUUGUUCCUGAGUUGGGAGCCGAAUGAAGGAGUCGAUUCUUUGUCAAGCAGUUCAGUCAGUAUGGAAAUAGAAAAAUAUAGAAAUCUGUACACUAUUAAGGCCUUGUCUUUAAGUGAUGUACGCUUCAUCCGUAGGCACACCCCAACAUUUGGAUCGGAUUACAUAAUUAUUGUUCUCUCAUCAGGUCUGGCUUUUCCUCCAUUCUAUUUCUACAAUGGUGGAAUUCGUGAAUUGUUUGCAACACUAAAGCAACACGUCUUCAUUAUCAGGUCGGAUGAUGAUCCUAAUGUAUUUCUUGUCAACGACUUUCAAGAUCCUCUUCAGAAAAGCUUGUCAUCGCUGGAGCUUCCAGGAGUAGCCUCAGGGGCAAAUGCCAUGUCAUGGCAAAAUUCACUCAGUUUCACUGGUUCAGUUGAUGAGGCCAGACAUGCUGGUGACGGCAAACAUGGGGCAUCUUCUAGCAUGUCUCAGUAUGGCUCAAAGCAAAAGAACAAAUCAAACGAUCCAGGUCGUGAUCUUUCAAUUCAAGUUUUGGAGAAAUUCUCACUGGUUACGAAGUUCGCACGAGAUACCACAUCAAGCCUCUUUCGGGACAAUAGUGGUGCUCAUCCUUAUGACCGGCAACAACAAGACUUUGUUUUGGACAAUAAAGCAAGUGAUAAGCACAAAAAUCAGCAAUCAACACCAGAAAAGGCUUUGACACCCUUAGAUUCAUUGGAGUCUGAUCAUUUACCUCUAGUGUGGGGAAAACAAAGAGAUCGUCCGUUAAGUGUUGAAGAGUGGAGAGCUUUCUUAGAUCCUGAAGGUAGAGUUAUGGAUUCAAAGGCACUGAGGAAAAAGGUUUUCUAUGGGGGAGUUGAUCAUGCUUUGAGAAAAGAGGUCUGGAAAUUCUUGUUGGGGUGCCAUGAAUAUGAUUCAACAUAUGCUGAGAGGGAAUACCUUGCUGCCAUGAAACGAGCAGAAUAUGAAGCCAUAAAAUCUCAGUGGAAGAGUAUCUCAGUCAUUCAAGCUAAAAGAUUCACCAAGUUUAGGGAACGAAAGGGCCUUAUUGACAAAGAUGUGGUGAGAACAGAUAGAUCCAUUCCCUAUUAUGAAGGAGAUGACAAUCGGAAUGUUGUAGUUCUACGUGACAUCCUGUUGACAUAUUCCUUCUACAAUUUUGACCUUGGUUAUUGCCAAGGAAUGAGUGACUUUUUGGCACCUAUACUUUAUGCCAUGGAAGAUGAGUCCGAAUCAUUUUGGUGCUUUGCUACCUUAAUGGAACGGCUAGGAGCCAAUUUUAAUCGUGACCAGAAUGGCAUGCAUGCUCAACUACUUGCAUUAUCCAAGCUUGUGGAGCUUCUUGAUCCUCCAUUGCAUAACUAUUUUAGGCAGAAUGACUGCUUGAACUACUUUUUCUGUUUUCGCUGGGUUCUUAUACAAUUCAAAAGGGAGUUUAGUUUUGACCAGAUCAUGCUCUUGUGGGAAGUUUUGUGGACCCAUUAUUUGUCAGAACACUUCCAUUUGUACUUGUGCGUGGCAAUCUUGAAAAGAUACCGUCGGCAAAUUAUUGGGGAGCAGAUGGAUUUUGAUACCCUCCUCAAGUUCAUCAAUGAGCUCAGUGGUCAGAUCAAUCUUGACAAGGCUAUUCAGGACGCGGAGGCAUUAUGUACUGUUGCAGGAGAUAACGGGGCUGCUUGCAUUCCGCAUGGAACCCCACCUUCCAUGCCCAUUGAGACCGAUGGCGGCCUGUAUGUGCAACAAGAUGAGGUCCUGUGAUACCACGGGUCACCUUCCCGAAAAUGUUUACACAAAAGCAUUGCAUUGGUUUCUGCUAUGUGCCGGUUUCAUCGUUGAUACCAUAAAUGAUAAAUUUGAUCAAUUGCAAGCUUACAUCUGUGGAAGAAUUGUGGCAUCUAUAUAUUUAACUUUACUCUGGAUGAAACCACAGUUGACACUACACUUCCUUUUCUUAAUGGAAAUGGAUUCUCUA